CAGACUGACAUCAGAACCCAUCCAACGUUCUAGCAAGUCAAACGAAAUAUGAACUCCUACUUUGUGAUCGCUUUGAGUGCUGUGCUCGUGGCCCUGGCCCUGGCCUCGCCCGUCGAACUGAAUGAAGAUCAGAAGGCACUGGCCAAGCAGCAUGGCGAGCAGUGCUCCAAGGAACUCAAUUUGACCGAGGAGGAGGUGGCCAAAGUGAAGGCCAAGGACUUCAAGAACCCGACAGAGAACAUCAAGUGCUUUGCCAACUGCUUCUUCGAGAAGGUCGGCACCCUGAAGGACGGUGAGCUGCAGGAAGAGGUUGUCCUCAAGAAGUUGGGCUCCUUCAUCGGCGAGGAGAAGACCAAGGCUGCCCUGGAAAAGUGCCGCUCCAUCAAGGGCGACAACAAAUGUGAGACGGCUGUCAAGCUGCACGAGUGCUUCGAGGAAUUCAAGCCCCAAGUCAAGGCUUAAACUAGAU